AUGUGCGCCGUCGUCUUCGUGAGCCUUUCUUUCCACACACUAGGAAAAGAAUACUUGACAACCGGAAGAGUAACUUUCGGGUUUGAAGUAAUAAAAACAAGUUUCGUCCACCUGGAUAAAGCUAUCUUCAUUUGGUCGUGUUGCUUUGCGUCAGCCUGUGCAUUGUUCUUCAUUUUUAAAGUGUGGUUAAAUCUUAGAACCUGUGCAGGAGGUUUGGCCACAGGUUUCGAUUGGUUCGGAUUACUCUGUUUAGCUUCGUACUAUUUUUACAACUUGAAAUUAGUCACUGAUGCAAUACGCUACUUCAACUUCAAUUUCUCUUGUAUACUUAUUAUAACCCUCGAACAGUUCCGGUUUUUAAUGAAAGUCCAUGCGUUCGUGCGAAGCAAAGCUUCAGAAGAACUUCCUCGUCUCUCUUUCUCUAACUAUCUAUACUUCCUUUUUGCUCCUACUCUCAUCUACAGAGACGCCUACCCUCGAACGAACCACAUCAACUGGAAAUUUGUCGCUCAGUGUCUUCUCGAAUGCGUUGCUGGUUUUUUCGUAUUUACGUUCUGUAUUGUCAACUCUUUCCCAUCGUCAGAACGAUGUGCAGAAAAAUUUACCGUAAACGAGGUGUUACUCGAGAUUGUAGAGAUAAUAGGAUAUGCAGCGAUAAUGCUAGUGUGUCCAUUCUUCACACUGUUCCACUCGUUUCAAAAUUUCUUUGCAGAGAUUCUUCAGUUCGGAGACCGUUUGUUCUAUUUAGAUUGGUGGAACGAACACACCGUUAACGGGUGGUUGUUGAAAAAUGACAAGAUCGUCCAGGACUGGUUGUACUAUUACGUUUACCGAGAUUUCAGGAAACAUAUUUGUGAUGACGUUUUACUAGCAAAAUUGACAGUGUUCCUGUUGUCUUUAAGUGACUUCCCCUGA